UCCAGAAUGAUAAUGAUAAGCUGGAGCAUGCUGCUGUUCCUGCUGCUGCUGCACAUAACCGUUAUCCUCAGCCUGCACCUGGAGAAUCAGACGCGCGAGCAUGUCAAGCAGCAGAUCGCUUGCAAACAGCCGAAGGCGCCGGGUCUGUGCCGUGGCCGGCAAUUGCGCUACGCCUACAACAAGGAGACGGCCAACUGCGAGAGCUUCUACUACACGGGCUGCGCCUCCACCGAGAACAAUUUCCUGACCUACGAGGAGUGCAGACGCGACUGCAUGCAGCGCGGACGCUACUAGAGAGUAGAUCUAAGUUAUUUAUUAUAUUUGUUUUUAUUGACAACAAAAAUAUCUAUUAGCAUUCCA